AUGAAGAAUGGGCCAUGGGUUUUUUACAAAGACGUUUUGGUAAUAGAAGAUGUCGAUGAAUGUGAAAAAGGAACGCACAAAUGUGACAAAAAUGCAAAUUGCACCAACACUCCAGGUUCAUUCAACUGCCAGUGUCAACGUGGUUACACAGGAGAAGGACGGAAAUGCGAAGCUACAAGUUGUCUCAACUUGUACCACAGCGGGAAGAGAUCUGAUGGAAUUUACACAAUCAAUCCGGAUGGUAAGAGUUCUUUUCAGGUCUGGUGUGAUAUGACAACUAAUGGAGGAGGAUGGACGAUGUUUCAAAGAAGACAAAAUGCAAGUGUGGAUUUUUUUCGUGGUUGGUUAGAAUAUAAAACAGGAUUUGGAUCUUUAAACGGAAAUUUUUGGCUUGGUUUGGAAAAAAUUCAUCGCAUGACAAAAGCUGGAAAAAAGAAUUUAAGAAUCGACCUGACAGACUUUGAUGAUUCAACAGCUUUUGCUCUUUAUUCCACAUUUUCUGUGGCCUCUGAGUCUGAAGGUUAUAAGUUGAACAUCGGUGGGUUUUCCUCGAAGAGUAAUGCUGGCGAUUCUUUGACAUCUAUGCAUAACGGAAUGAAGUUCUCUACCAAGGAUCAAGAUAAUGAUUGGUAUAGUGGUAGCUGUGCUGUGUAUUGGAAAGGUGCUUGGUGGUAUAACAAAUGUCAUGAUUCCCACCUCAACGGCCAAUACCUCAACGCAGGUGACAGAUCUUGGAGUGGCAUCAACUGGGUUAACUGGAAAAAGGAUACGAGAUCUAUGAAAAAAGCUGAGAUGAAAAUCCGCUGA